GGUCGAAAGGCAUGCCAGGUUCCAUUGAUGAUCCUCAAAAACUUGUGCAAUAUCCCAUUUUUUCAAAAAAUAAAUUUAUUUACAAAUCCGUCUACAACUGUGUGCACAAUCGGUAGCAAGCGCGCGGUUUAAGAAGUAGACCACACUCAUCAUCACCAAGGAAUACUCUGCAACAAUGGUGUCUAACGGAAAACCGGCCAAUCCCCAGCGGUAUGCAGUAGUAACCGGAGCAAACAGGGGAAUCGGAUUGGACAUUGCCCGACAGCUGGCAGCCUCGGGCGUUACUGUUGUGUUAACAGCCAGGAACGCGCAGAGGGGGAACGAGGCCGUGGGAUUGCUGCACAAUGAAGGCUUGUCAAAUGUUGUCUUCCACCAGCUUGAUGUUAUGGACUUGCGAAGCAUAGGAGGCUUGGCAAACUUCCUAAAAACACAAUAUGGAAGGCUUGACAUUUUGGUAAACAACGCUGGAGCUCCCGGAGUUGUCGUUGACGAAGAAGCCUUAAGGGCUAUGAACAUAGCCCCUUCUGAUUGGCUUGCAGGGAAGGUUAUAAAUCUGAUUCAAGGCACAGUUAAGACGACAUAUGAGAAGGCAAAAGAGUGCCUUGAUACAAAUUACUAUGGUGUGAAGAAGGUAACUGAAGCACUCCUUCCCUUGCUGCAGCUCUCUACUGGAGGGGCAAGGAUAGUAAAUGUCUCUUCUCUAAGGAGCGAAUUAAGGCGUGUUCCCAACGAAGAGAGGAGAAAGGUGCUCGGGGACAUUGAGAACCUGACAGAAGAGAAAAUCGACGAGAUUCUGCAGAGUUUCUUGUGUGAUCUCAAAGAAGGCAAGCUUGAAGCCAAUGGGUGGCAACUGAUGCUGCCUGCAUAUAGCAUUUCAAAGGUGACUCUGAAUGCCUACACCAGACUCCUCGCGAAGAAGCACCCGAAUAUGUGCAUCAACUGUGUGCAUCCCGGGUACGUUAACACAGACCUUAACUGGCACACCGGGACGCUGACCCCGGAGGAGGGGGCCCGCGGUCCCACGAUGCUGGCUCUCCUUCCUUGCGGGGGACCCACUGGCCGAUAUUUUGACCAAACUGUGAUGGCUGAAUUUUAACAUCUUUUGAACUCAGUGAUUAUGUCAAACAUGUCAUGAAGUGUAUGUUUGUAUGCCAUUCCCCAAAUAUACUUUCAGUGUUGGAAUGAAAUCUAUGUUUGUAAUGUCAUUCUCGAGAUAUACUUUGUAUAUUUGUAUCAUUCUAUGAAAUUUCUUGGACAAUUUUAGGCAUUGCCAAUUCUAAUUUUAAUUCCAUCAAAAUAAUACACAACACAAAAUAUUUAAUAUACAUUUUUUUUCUUCAUUUUUGGCCAGUCCAAUCACCUGUCUCUUAAUUUUGUACAUUUUCUGUCUACUUUCACCAAUAUAGUAAAUUUUAGGUCCAGAU